AUGAUGUGUCAGGGUGCGUCGUGCGCAGACCGACUGCCCUCGCCGGCACGUGUCCCUUGGCAAGGAGCUGUGAGCGCCCCCUGGGCGUGGAGUUGCGCAUUGGCGGCAGUGGCCGGUCCGGAAACCGUUGCAACACUGUUGCAACACGCAGCAGCCUUGCUGUCGGGGUUCCGCUCGGGCACCCUGGUGCUGUGGAGCCAGGGCGUCCUUCAACUCAUGCGCGACCUGGUCCGGGUCCGUGCGCAGCGCGCGCCGCCCGCGCUGCGACAAGCGGCUGCAUCGGCGUGGGCGCGGCGCUGGUGGAGCCAGGUUCCGGUGUCGGUCCAGCAGGCCGUCGCCAGCACGGCCUUGGGCUGCCCUUGGCCUGUGCCCCGCCCCAGCCAGCGGGAUGGUCCCGGCGACUGCGGUUUCUAG